CAAAUACGUCUUUGAGGGAAACUGUCGGUCAGCACACGGCCCUGGAGAAACCCAGAGGAUCCGCCGCGAGAGGCGCAGCGUCGCGACGCUCACCGCCUCGGUCUCGCUCUCGCUCUCGUGCUGUCGCAGAUUAUGCCGCAUUGCCGCAAACGUUCACCAUUGAUACGACACCAGCUAACACCCGCCGCCGGUCGCGGCGACAGCGGCACCGGACGCGGAAUGUCGACAUGAGACACCGGUUGUCUCGCCGUGGGAAGCGACGAGGAGGACACGAUCGGGUCGUAGAUAAAAUUAAAGAAAAGAGCGAAAAUACGGAAGAAAAGAAAAAAAAGCACUCACCUCGACUGCGUCAGGAAGCUGACGAUCGAAAGCGCGAUCAUGAACGUCCGCCGGCUGCCCGGUUUUCUGUACAACUACAAGCUCGCGACGAUCAUCCUGACAGUCGGCCCGUGUCUCGUCGUCUACUUGCUUCUACAUUGGGGCGUGAUGUGCACGAAUCUCGAGGCUUGGCGUCACGUGUCCACCGUGUGCAGCCAGCAUCGAGACGGCGCCGCGAUAGGAAUUCUCUGCGAACCACUGUGCGCCGAAAAGGGGAUACACUCGCUAGUGUGCGAGGCGCGCCAUGCGGGCAAGGAAGCAGUGUUCUCCGCACACUGGGAAGCUACACGAUUGGUGUUCAAAGCUUCAAGAACCAAAGCAACCGCGGACCAAUUCGAGUCGUUUUACUUGAUGGACGCGACCGGUUCACGGCGCUUUCCGUCGGAGGAGGAUUUUAUGACCAUGAUCAGAGACGUGGUUGUCUUUAAACUGAACACAACUGUUACACGAUAUCAGGUGGAGCGACUCGCCCGCUUACGCACACAUCGAAUGGAAACAGAUCCCGAGAGACGCCAGUUGGAAAUGGAAAAUCUUUGGCCGUUGCUACAAGAAAAUGAAUACCUGAUGGCAAUUUUGUACGAAGACAGAGACGUGUUUCCACAAUUGAUCGGCACGUGCGGUACUUUCUACGCAGUCGAGUACGUCAGACCGAUUGAGACGCCCACGACGGUGCUGGCGCUGUCCGACUCAAAGCCCGAGUGGGCCAAGCGGCUGAAGCUCGCUGUGAUGAUCCUCGAUUUGCUCGAUGAACUGGAGACGAAUUUUCACGAGCCCCUUCAGCUUUGUGACGUGAAGAUCAAUCAUUUUGGUUUACCCUUAGGUGGACAGAAGUUAAAAUUCCUGGAUCUAGACUCAGUUUUCCCGAGAACCGUCAUUAGCCGCUUUAUCGCCGAUGGCAAAAGCUGCGAACAACACAAAGACUGCGAUUACCUCGAUUGCCGAUCGAUGUGCUCGAAAAACAAACGCUGCGAAUCGCCGGUCCUCAACAAUAAUUUACAGAUUAUCUGCGAGAAGAUCUUUCUCGGUUGGACACUCUCGGGAACGAUAAUCAUCCCUGGAUUGCUCAUGUCAGUGCAUACUACCAGUACGUUGGCUGUGUUCUUAAGACAAUGUGCUAAUCCGGAUGGUGACACGACGCGUUUACCACGUGCAGCGGCACCUGAGAGCCUAAAAAAACGAUUGUACAACAUGCUGAAUGAAAUGGAGCAUGAAUACUCCGCAUUUGUGUAAAAAUGAAAAUGAUAUUAAUGAAAAAAGUGAUACAAUCGACAUGAAGGAACAUACUUUCGACUACGAUAAAAAUGCUGUGAAUUUGUGAUUUGGAAUAUAGAAGUAUUUUUUGAUAGAUUUGAUAGAUAGGACCUCAAGAUACCAUGCAUUCUGACAUGUCUAGAGGGAGGCAAAGCUUUAAAUUAUUACAUACAAUCGCAUACUUUUACACCAUGCAUUAGUGUUAGAGUAUGUAUACGUAUGUAUUUAAACAAGUGCACAUACCUUUUUUUAUAUUAUAGCGUAAUAGAAGAGUAAUAAAACAAACUUAACAAAAGCUAGCAAUACUAAUGAAAGUAAAGAUGAACUUAAUUUAAGAUUAAUUGUGAGAUUAUAGACUUCUAUUAAUUUGAGAAACGUAAUAAUAAAUAUCAAAAUGCCUUUAAUUGAAGAAUAAUGAGCGACUAGUUUCUAGACUAUUCUUAUAUAGACAGGUGAAACCUAUUUGUAAUGUAAUAAUUUAUUAUGUAUAUAUUAAUAUUAAUUAUUUAGUGACAUCACAUCAUACAUUUUCGACUGCCUGUUAUACUAUUCUUUAUAUUUCUUUUCUUUUAUCUUAAACAUACGCAAUGAAAGUUCGACAAAAGGCCACUUUUUCCAACGUCGGUUAACCGACGAUUUCACUUUAUUAAUAAAAUGCUGAAUGAAAUAUGGUCAUCAAAAACAAAAGAUUUAAAAUUUUUGUCACUUUUAAUGAAGAUAUUUAUUCGUGUUAGCAAUUUUAUUAAUAAAUUGAAAUCGUCGGUUAACGUUAAACAACGUUGGAAAAAGUGGCUCAAAGUGUAUUAUUCUAAACUAAAAAUAAAAAAUUAUAAUAUUUA